AUGUUAUUUAAAUAUAUAAAUUGUACUUUUAUAUCAAUCUGGUUGCUUCGUUAUUUUACAGAAGAUUUAAGAUUUUCUGCAACUUAUAAUUAUAUUCAUUUAUCGGAGAUUGAUAAAGAAUUAUCGUACUUAUCAAUUCAAUCAAAGAAUUCUGAGUUAAAAAAUUGUAUACAUAAUACAAUUUUAAGCAAUCCUCAUGAGAUUUCUGUUCCCGAAAUUUACGAUUCUCAUGUUUAUAAAAAUGUUAAAACAGGUGGUGAAUAUUGGCCAUUAGACUGUAAUAGUGAAUUUAGUGUUGCAAUCAUUGUGCCAUUUCGUAAUCGGGAAGAACAGCUUAAGAUUUUUGUAAAUUAUUUUCAUCAAUUUUUACAACAACAAAAAUUACAUUAUCGUAUUUAUAUCGUCGAGCAAAAUGAUAAUAAACCAUUUAAUCGAGCAAAAAUGUUUAAUAUUGGAGUAUAUGAAGCAAAUCGUAACAAAUUUCCAUGUGUAAUUUUGACUGAUGUUGAUUUAAUACCAAUCAAUAAUGCAAAUUUGUAUGCAUGUACGAAACAACCCAGGCAUAUGUCUACAAAUAUCGAUGUGCAUAGAUUUCACUUAAUGUAUAGAGGAUUAUUUGGGGGCUCAACGGCCAUACUAACAGAACAAUUUCUAUCAGUAAAUGGUAUGUCAAAUGAAUUUCAUGGUUGGGGUGGUGAAGAUGACGAUUUCUAUGCGCGAUUAACACAUAAUGGUUACGUAACUUGUAGAUAUGAUCCGAAAAUAAGUGCGUAUAUAAUGCUCAAACAUAAAAAAGAAACACCUAGUCCUGAUAGAUAUGAAGUGUUACGAACGGGUUUACAACGCUUCAGGCAAGAUGGUAUUAAUAAUUUGGAUAAUUUCUACCGUAAUGUAACAUUAAAGCCUUUAUAUACACUUAUUUCUGUUUACAAUUAAAAUUCGCAAAGUAGAAAUAAUUUUUCUCUUAAAAAAUCAUCAUCAUACCAUGGAGGAAAGUUUGUGAAAACAUCCAUUUUGAUAAACAUAGAACGAAUUUGACAAACUGAAGGAACUUUUAAAAUUGGUUAAAAUUGUAUAGAAAAUUGAUUAAAAGCUAUAACAACAUCUGACAAACACAUCAACGAUCUCGAAUCUCAUCGCAAGACGAUUUCUUUCACUUUGACGCUGCGAUUAUUAAAUAUUUCGUCUGCAAUGAUCUUUGUUCAAAUAUCUAGUCAUCAUUACUAUGUUAUGUAUAUUUCACUUAACGCUCGAAAUACACUCAAUAAGCCAGGAGAAGGCGAAAGAUUUGUCUCGAUAAAAUCAUCCCGCUUAAAACAAAGGAAAGUUGCAUUUUCUCAACCUAUUCUUUCUGGAUUAGAAGUUGUAGUUCAUCAGGCUUCAAAACAAUAUUAUAUGAAGCAUAUUAUCUAUUAUUAGCCGAAUUGAAAUUGGAAUCAAUCGCCUGCUUCCGGACUGAUUUGAGAAAAAAACAUAAAUUAUUUUUUAUGUAAGUCUAGGUUUCUAAAAUAAUAAAAUGUAAGCUUAAGUUAAUCAUUCAUCUUGAUUGGCGUGAUUAUUAUAGAUGCUUUUCUUUUACUUGGCAAUUGCGUUUAACUGCACUGAGUUUCGAAUAAAGUAGAAAAUUUAUUCCGUUUGUAUACCGUGAGCCAUUCACGGUUCCAAAAUACUGACCUGCUUUUAACUGGUUGUAUUCUCUACUAGUUGAUUUAUGAACUUUUAUAGAUUUUGAUUUGCUGCGAUCAUGGUAUAGAUAAAAUAGAGUAGUGGGAAGAUCAUGAUGCCUUUAAGUUCUUGAAGUAGUGAAUUUGUUCCAAAUUUGCGCUGAAUUUCUUGCAUUAGUACACAAUAGCAGAUGGUAUAUACUUAUUACUUACUCUUAGUUACUUUUCGAUUAAAAUUUCGUUUUAAGGAGUUAUUGAGAUCCACAAUUUAAUGUGUGCUAAGUCUAUACCUUAUACAAUUCAAGAAGUGUAGCACCGACGAAAAUUUUGCAAGUCUUGAUUGUUAAAAACAGAAAGGGAAAUUCUUAAUCGAUUUAUAAUAAAAUGAAACUUGCACACAAGUGAGUUGUACUGUCAUCACUGAGAAUUAGCAAAGGUAAAAGAAAAGCAGCGAAAUAUUCAUUAAGUGAAAUAAAAAACUAUGUAACAUUCAUAUCGA